CUUUCUCCCCAGAAAAUGCUUGGCCUUCAAGUCAACCUUAGCCCGCUGCUGGAGCCACUUGGCUUCAUUAAGGUCCUUGAGUGGAUUUUUUCCAUCUUUGUUUUUGGCACCUGUGGAGUUUAUAAAGGUACAACUACAAUUUUAGUUUCUUGUAAAGGUGUUGUGAACAAAACAGUUACAGCUGCUUUUGCUUAUCCAUUCAGGUUGAAUACAGCUGUGUUUAGUGCACCAGAUCCGACACGAUGCAGUGGCACUUGGACUGACUUUCACCUUGUGGGCAACUUCUCCUCUUCUGCACAGUUCUUUGUUACUUUUGCAGUCUUGGUAUUCCUUUACUGUAUUGCUGCCCUUGUACUAUAUGUUGGGUACAUGCACCUGUAUCGGAACACUGGCAAAAUCCCAUUGAUUGACUUGGUUAUUACUGUCAUGGCUGCUUUUCUGUGGCUGGUCAGCACUUCAGCCUGGGCUAAGGCACUUACUGAUAUAAAAAUAUCCACCGGUCCCAGCAUUGUUCAGGAAAUUGCAUCUUGCAAAUUACCAGGAUUAACUUGUUUGUUUGCCUCUGUUACCAGCAUGGGAACUCUGAAUCUGUCUGUGGUUUUUGGAUUACUUAACAUGAUUCUGUGGGGAGGAAAUGCUUGGUUUGUAUACAAGGAGACCAGCUUGCAUAACCCAUCAAACUCCACUCCCCAAAGCUCAGGAAUCUAUCCACCAACAACAGGAAUAUAA